GGGGCCAGAUGCUCUUGCCUUUUGGAGAGACUCUUUCUUCCAAUGGAAAGUUAGGAUUUAUAACACAAACAUGACGGGAUGGAUAUUCAGGAUUUGCAAAGCACAUUCACAAGCAUCUGUCUUCGAAAAAUCUGGAAAGUUAGUUGAAGGAGAUCAUCAUUUAGUAUGAAACAUACUUAUAGAAAUGCAAAGCACAGUACACUUGUUCAGUUGUUCUUCUUCCAUUGGCUAACUGUGAUGAUGGAUGGCUUCAUAAUUAAGCCUAAAAGAUGCAAUUAGUGAAAAGAAAGAGUGGUAAGUCCCUGGUAGAGAAUGGUUUCUUCUUUGGAAAAGCCUUUUCAGUCAACAACUCUAAUGUUAAGAAAGUUGUUUCCUCAGGAACCAAGUUACCCCACCAGCAAAUUCUCCAACAGAAAAUGUGAAGAAGAAGUAGAAGCAAAUUCAAAACAUGGUGAAAAUGGUGAAGGGUGGAGUUUCCUUGAAUCUCUCUCCAAUGGACAUCAAGAAAACAAGGUGUAUGUCCAUCACUCAUCCACAAAGCUAAGCAAGAAAAGCUUAGAAAUGUGCACUGAAAGCUUAGGCAGCGAAAGUGGGAGUGACAUGGGUGAGAACGACAUCUCUUUAUUGACAUUGGAAGUGGACGAUUCUCGUCGAUAUUCGACAUUAUUGACUCAAAAGAAAGCCAUUAGAAAGUACAUCACAUUUCCACCUCCAUUAACAUCAAUAAGUGGCUCCACGGGCGUCCGAGUCAAGUCCUACAGAGAAGAUGGGCGGCUGGUGUUGAAAGCCAUGGUAUGUUCUACUUCUCCCAGCAGCUACUUCCAAGCAGAACGUAGCCAUGGGAGGCUUAAACUUCAGCUGGUGAAACACAUUGAAAAGAGAGUUAAAGAAGAAGAUGGAGAAGAAGUUGAAGAGGAACUGAACUUUGUUGAUGAUGAUGGGGAAGAAAUGGGAAUGGAAAAUUUUGGAAGGCUACGCAAUUGCAGCAAUGGCAGGUGCAAACAAGGCAGGCACAAGAGCAAAGAGUUGCUCAAUUGGGAGCCGCUCUGGGUUUCUACCUAAUUAUUAAUCAAUAUAUUAAGACCUCUAAUUAUGAUUUUUAAGUAAAAUUAUUUAUUACCCCAUUUCUCUUUCUAAAAUCUCCCUUUCCCAUUUUCCAUUGUAUCUUGAAUCUUAUUGACAAUGUGAACUGGAUUUUGAGGUUAUUAAUGCUAAUUGUUCAACCUGCAGGCAGCAGCUUAUGCAGUUAGUUAU